AUGGCGGAGAAGCCGUCAACUUCCCGCGUCUGCGUCCAUUGCCAGAAGCCGACGGAAACGCUGUACAAGACCUACUCGAGCUUCAUCCGGAUGACCGAAUGCGAACAGUGCAAGCGGCCCGUGGACAGCUACAUGGAGUGCGACAACGUGCUCGUCGUCAUCGACCUGGCGCUGCAAUACCCAAGUGCCUAUCGCCAUAUUUUAUACAACAAAGGGAUUAGUCAUUUCCCCCGGCUGCUGACGAUCCUGCUCUUCUGCGGCGCCUACGAAAAGUGGAUCGAGAAUCGGACUGAUCAGCUUCAGAUUUUCGAUCUAGAGUGGAGGUUUUACCUAUGUCUAAUCGAAAGCGGGCUGGAGAUGCUGGGAUUCGUGCUCCUCGCUUUGUGCAUGGAAUACUGCAUGAACGGCUCGCUGAAACGAGCCGAUUUUGUGGCCAAAUCGACAGUCGCUGGAUUUUACGGUCGCGUCUGCGUCGUUUUGUCGAUCAUUUUUCGACUGUACUCCGAGUCGUCGUAUCGCAUCCUGAUGCAUCUAUUCUUGUUUCUAUCGCAUUAUCAGAUUUGUAGAGCCCUCCAUCCAACCCUCACGGCCGUCGUCCCAGCCCUCUUCGUCCUCACCACAACCCUUUUAACACAUCCGAUGAGCGACUCCGAAGACGAGCGCCAGCAAGAAAACGAGGCCCCGGAGCCAUCCCCGUCGAACAGAAACUACUGCUACAGCCUGGAAUGCGCCGUGCGAAUCGAAUCGACCUCUUCCGGCCUUCGACGAGGAGCUGUGCAGUCGAAGAGUGCCAUUGUGACGGUUGGAAGGAAUGCAGAGAGAAAAAUUGUCCUGCAAAUCGAGAUCCGGGCGAAUGGGCGCGGGGCGCCGGCCGUGUCCAGCUACGAGCUGAAGGACUGCGUGGUACACGAGAAGACGGUUUCCCAAGGCAAAGGCGGCAUCGAAAUCCCGGCCAGGCACCUCUCGAUACACCUGAGCAACUGCGCCCCCCGGAAGCUGAACGUCUUCCUGAAGUCGCUGGCCGCCAAGAUCCAGCUGAUGGCCGCCGAGCGGAAGGGACCGACAACGCCGAUCGCCGUGCAUAGGCAACGCCUAUUGACCGGCGGGCUGCCCGACAUCUUCACCAAGUUGAGCCCGUUGACGGUGGGAGAGAUACGAAAAGUCAGGAGCAUGCGCGGGAUCGAGUCGCCAUUGGCACGGAAGCGACCAGCGCCCUCUGACUCGGCCACGACUCCGAGCCGUACGCCCAAACGACCAUCCCUAGCGCCGAGCCGCUCGUCUCCCAGAUUUCGUCGAUCGGAGGGAGCGACGCCGUCAAGACCGAGAAUCGCGGCAGUGAACCCGGCCGCCGCGCUGGACCGCGUCGUGCUGUCCGCCGAGCAGAAGAUGGUCGUCCGGAAAGUCGUGGAGGGCCGGAAGUCCGUCUUUUUCACCGGAAGCGCCGGAACCGGAAAGUCGCUAGUGCUGCGCCGGAUUAUCGAGAUGUUGCCGGCAACGACGACCGUGGUGACGGCGGCUACAGGAGUAGCUGCUUGCCAACUCGGCGGCACGACGCUACACUCGUUCGCCGGCUUCGGAGUGGGCGGCAUUCCGAAGGAGGACUGUUUACGGAUUGUCGAAAAAAAGAAGCAAGCUCUCCAAGCCUGGAAGCAAAUCACGCAUCUCGUCAUCGACGAGAUUUCGAUGGUAGACGCCGACUACUUCACCUGCUUGGAAUAUGUCGCCCGAAAAGUACGCUGUCCCAACGACCGUCCGGUGGUGUUUGGCGGAAUCCAGCUGGUGAUCACCGGCGAUUUUCUGCAGCUUCCCCCAGUGGUACCAAGAGGUCAAGAGCCGAAAUUUUGCUUCGAGAGCCCCGCCUGGAACGUAGCCGUACAAACGACAAUCCUGCUCAAGCAGGUACGGCGCCAGGACGAUGCGGCGUUUGUGAGGGUGCUGAAUGAGAUUCGAGUCGGAAGAUGCCCAGCCUGGGUCUCCCACACGAUGCGCGAGACCCGAAAAACCGUACUGCCGGCCACGGUGACCGCUACGCGCCUAUGUACGCAUUCCGCCGACGCCGAGGCCAUCAACCGGGCGAGCCUCCAGAAUUUGAAUGGCCUAGAGAAGACGUUCCACGCCGAGGACUCGGAGCAGUUCACGGAGAGCGCGACGGGGCUCGUGUCGAAGCGGUUGAUUUUGAAGCAAAACGCGCAGGUGAUGCUCACGAAAAACCUCGACCUCGCGCGCGGCCUGUCCAACGGAGCACGAGGCGUCGUCACCGGAUUCGCGGGCAAUGGCUUCCCGCUCGUGCGCUUUUUGGCUGGUGAUGGGGAGCCGAUCGAGAUACGUCCCGUCCGCUUCCAGCUCCGCUCUUCCAACAAUUCCGAUCUACCAGCCAUCCGCCGCCAGCUGCCCCUCCAGCUCGCCUGGGCCAUCUCCAUCCACAAAAGCCAGGGGCUGACGCUCGACGCCGUGGAGGUCGACUUGCAAAAGGUCUUUGCCGAGGGCCAAGCCUACGUCGCCUUAUCUCGAGCUCGAUCUCUUCCGGCGCUGAAGGUCACCGGAUUUGACGGCGAAUGCGUGAGGGCGAGUAAAAAGGUUGUCGACUACUAUGAGAGCCUCGAAAAUGCCAACGACGCCGAAGAUGAGGAAAUCUUCCCGGUGCGCCCGAUCGCUGCGGGACCCAAGCGAACACGAUUGUCAUUU